ACGGACACGGCUACACCACCCAUCCGAAUCCCGCAUCUCUUCCUUCUCUUUCAGCGUGCCACCGCCCGAGGUCGUCACUGCGCAAGAAGCAUCUCGCCGUCCUCUUGCUUUCUGCGACUGCGCCGCGAUGGCCGUCGCCCAGGCCGCAGCGGUCGUCACGCCGGUGGUGGCCGGGGCGGCGCCGUCCGUCUCUCCGCGGCCGCCGUCCCGGGGACCGGCCGGAGCCGGAGGCGGGCUGGGGUGGCGCUGCCGGCCGAGGGGGAGCGCCGGCCGCGGCCUGGUCAUCGCUGACGCGUUCGGCGGGCAGUACGAAGACGGGUUCGGGGACGUGGAAUUGGAAAUCAUGAAUUACUUCACUUACAAGGCCACACAGACGGUUCUCUAUCAGUUGUAUGAGAUGAACCCGCCGGCAUACACUUGGCUUUAUAAUUAUCUUGUCGUCAAUGACGCAAAAGAGGGUAUACAUUUCCUGCGAGCACUCUCGAAGGAGAGGCAAGACUUGGCAGAGAGGGUGAUGGUCACGCGCCUUCACUUAUACGGUAGAUGGAUUAAGAAAUGCGACCAUACGAAAAUGUACGAGAGGAUUUCAAAUGAGAACCUGGAGCUCAUGCGUGAGAGGCUAAUGGAAACAGUGGUGUGGCCAACUGAUGACACGAACUCCAGCGACAAGCAAGAUUGACGGUUACAUGUUGAGUAGGAUAUGAUUGCUUCACUCGACAAUGUACUACGCGUGGUAGAAUCCCUGCAGGUUUUGAGUGUUGAUUUGAGUUACUCAUUUGUGGAUAUAGUCCUUUAUCAGAAAAAAAAUGAAUAGAAUAAUCCGCGUACAUUCUCUCGUAGGGGUUUGUGUGAAUGUCACUUAAUGAUUUUUGUCCUGUGAACUCGAAAAAAUAUAUCAGAACGUGUGAUAGUUUUGUUUGUUCA